AUGAUGUUAGAUUGCUCCCGACCGGUUGAAUAUGACAACGAGCGGAGUCUGGACGACAAUUCCAGCUCCGACGUGAGCGAGGUCUUUUCGGAUAUUGAAUCUGAUAGCGACUCUAACACUGACCUGGAACUCGAUAGCGAGAAUUCCGACAGCGAUGACGAUGAGCUCGACGGCAGUGUUUUCAGCGAUGAGGGCCAACUGUCUCCAGAAUACUACUUGGCCCAAGCAGAAAGCUUGGAUGUCUCACGACUUCGACAAAAGCGGUACGCUGAUAGUACUCAGGGAUAUCUAGAUAAUACCCGUGUAUACUGGGAUAGGUACUGUCGGCAUAUUGGUGUUGACCCAGUGCUACACUGGAAAUCGAUCUCGGACUCUGACAAGACGGUCCAAUUCCUCUAUGGAUUUUUUGGCUGGAGGUGUGACAUUCGCCGUGGCAAGGACGGUCGACACUGUCCGGGCUUUCGAGUCAAGAGCUCAUUGCAAACAUUCUGGAAGUGGUGGCAUCUUGUUCUUAAACAGGAGACAGAAUCGGAGCUAAACAAAGAAACCAUUCGCAAAGUAGAGGACAUUAUUGCCCUUGUGGCCGAGGAGAAAAAGCUCAAACUCACCCAGCGGCCGAAGAAGAACAUGUACAUUGAAGACGUUGCGGAGUUCGCACGUGUUCUCUUGACAACCACUGAAAUGACGUAUGGGUGCGGCUGGCAGCGUAUUCAAAUACUUUUCUUUUGCCAGCUUGCAGCUAUCACUGCAAAUCGUCCAGGGGCGCUUCUGCAUCUUCGCUAUCGGGACAUAGGGCUAACACUGAUUCGAGACCCCGAAGGCGGACGGCCUCGGCUGUUCAUCUUCCUGAAACCAGACUUCACAAAGAGAUUCCUUGGGAAGAAAGCUCCGAACGAGUUCAAAAUUCCAGAAAUUAUCUUUGAUCCAAGCUUGGCUCUAAGUCCGCAUGUGACUUUGCUCAGUAUGCUCUUCUAUGUCGAUGGAUUCAAGCGAUUUUCGAACACCGGGCCAGUGUUGGAUUCUCCGGAGAAACUAUAUAGCCUUAGGGUUCUUGAUGGUCUAGGACAGCAGGCACUGCUUUUGAAAGAUGAGUUACUGGAUAAGUUUGUGUUCUGCCAGGUGCAACGUGAACCUACUGGGUAUCGACUUGUCUUGGAGGAGAGCAUGACAAGUUGCAUGAUAAGAUCCCGGAUGCGUCGAGGGGGUGAGAUUACAGGCUAUGAUCAGGUCUCCCACCCAUACAAUCUCCGAUAUGCUGGAGCCAAGCAAUUUAACAAUAGUGAAGAAGUGUCGGACGCUCUCCAGAACGUGAUUCUUCAGCAUUCGAACAUUAAUACCUUUGUCCGUCAUUAUCAAGUGGACGUUGACGUUGAUGUUCAGGGAAUCAUCCGCAAAACAGGGUCUCAAACGCGCUUGGUGCGGUUUGCUUGUUCAUUUAGUGCAUCUAUCGAUCCAGAUCGACCAUUUAAGCUCUCCCCUGAAGAAUCUUUGUCCCUUAAUGAGCUUCCAGUCAUGCUCGUGCGACAAGAGAAGGUUAAUAAACGCAAGAGGAAGUGGGAAAAUUGCAAAAACAAGUUACAAAAUGCUAAUACGGUCGCCAUUGAACUCUCUGAUAGUUGCAAGCAAAAGCUGCAACUUAUCACCGAGCGGACUAUGGAAGCAAAGGAGCGCUACGAUAUUUCCAUCCGUGAUUUGCGUAACGAGAAGCAACGACACCGAAGCCAGCGGAUCCGGGAGAAUCUAGAGCGGUACAGGAAUGAGCAACCCGUGAUCGACCUUGAGCGACAACUCGCAGGGAAGCUGGUAAAUACCAAGGUGAUUGACACUCUGGAGCACAAGACCUCCAUGACUUCGCAGCAUCUGGCGUUAAUUGAUACAAUGCUCACAAUGCCGGGCGCCACUCUCGAAGAAGAGUACCAGCGCAGGAUCAACGCGAUUAAUGCGAUGACUGUGUUCUGUUCCGUGGAGGAGGGCCGGCCAACACCUCGGACCCGCCAAUCCUGCCGUCGGCCUCUGUCUGGCGAUGGUGACGACGACAGUUCCGAUGCCCCGAUCAAACGACAACGGCGCGUUUUGGAAGAUGUCACUGAGAUCACCUUACGCCAAGCAAUGGAAUCAGUACGAAUCAAGGAUCUCAAAGAGCGGCCCACAAUCUGCUUUCUUUGCUUGGGGAAUCCGAAUCUUCCCCUCAUGGAACGAAUUGCGAAGCAUGCAACGCCCGGUUCUCUCACCAGACAUUUUUUACGAAAGCAUGUCAAUCCUCCUUGGCCGGCCAAAGGCUUGGAGUGUAAUAACUUUGCCACGGAACAGUCGUGCGAGGCAAAGCUCAAGAAAAACUAG